AUGCCCUCCUUCUCCGGCACCACGCCCGAGGCCUUGCUCGCCCGCAACGACUCGCUCAACCCCGAAGCAACAUGCCGCGGCAUCACCUCCAACGGCCGUCCCUGCCGCCGCCCCCUCCUCGCCUCGCCCGGCCACUCCCAGCAGCAGCAGCCGCACUCCCGCAAGAAGAACAACAACAACGCGAAGCUCGCGCCGUCUCCCCCCGGCGGCGGCGGCGAUGACACGGAGGACUCGUACUGCUGGCAGCACAAGGACCAGGCCGGCCGCUCCCGCAAGUCGAGCCCCGGCCCGCGUCCGGCGCAGCAGCAUCACGCCGCCGGCAUCGCCGAGGAGCGCUCCAGCCUCGACACGCUGGCGGACCGCCUGGGGCUGGUCGACAUCAACGCCGGUCGUCCCGGGCGGUACGACCCCGAGAAGCUCGGCGACCAGCAUCAUCAGCAGCGGCCCAGCAAGCCCAGCAGCCUGUUCUGCUUCUGCUUCAGCAUCCCCUCCGGAGAGGACUUUGACGACGCUCCCCGGCCUCACCAGCCGCGGCCUCAGCCGCACCCCGUCCAGCCGCAGUACGCCCGCCCAUCAACGUCCUCCGCCCGCCCCUCGCAUCUGCACCCGCACUCGCAAGGCGGCAACUCGCACUCCCGCCCAACCAGCUCCUCGGCCCCGACGGCCUACCACCUCAAGUCCCUCAUCCCAGACUCCCUCGACGCCGUCACCACGUCCGCCCUCAUGACGGAGGUCUCCAAGCCGCCCUCGGACGCCGACGAGCCGGGCUACAUCUACAUGUUCUGGCUUACCCCCGAGUCCGCCUCGGAACCGGCCCCCGUCGACGCCGCAAGGGACCUCCUCGCGCCUCCUCCUCGCGGCGGCAACGCAGCGGCCAGCAGACGGCCCAGCGACGUCGUCUCCGCCUUUGCAAACCAGGGCCGCAAGACCAACCCCAGGAACUCCAAGCCCAAGACGAUGCUCCUCAAGAUUGGCCGCGCGGCCAACGUCCAGCGCCGCAUGAACCAGUGGUCCCGCCAGUGCGGCCACUCGAUCCAGCUCCUCCGCUUCUACCCGUACCUGUCCUCGUCCUCGAACCCGGCCUCCUUCGACGCCGCCGCCGCCUCGCCCCAUCCCACGCCGCACGUCAAGAAGGUCGAGCGGCUGAUCCACAUUGAGCUCACGGGCAUGGGGCUGCGCGCCGAUUUGGGCGCGUGCGAGACCUGCGGGCGGGAGCACAAGGAGUGGUUCGAGGUGGAGGCUUCGAGGGACGGGGUGAGGACUGUGGAUGACAUUAUCCGGAGGUGGGUUGGUUGGGACGAUGGGCAAUGA